AUUUUUGUUUUGAAGUCGGUGCAAUGAACAAGAUGCCAAAAUAGUCAUGAAAUAUGGGGAAUUGCUAUGACUGUUUGAGCCCACAACCUGAUACAACACCAGAUCCAGAUACGAGAAGACAACAGCAAAUUGAAGCUGCAGAAAGACGACAAAAAGAGGCAGAGAGUAGGGGAGUCAAAGACCCAGAACGACUAAAACGGCAGCAAAAACGAARGGAAGAAGCUGAGAAUGCAGCGACAGCUCAAGGGAAUAAUGAUGGCGGACUCAAAUGGACUGUUGGCUAAAUCAUGAGGAAUCACAAAAAAAAAUGUUUUGUUUGACGUAUAACUUUUGCAUAAGAAAAAAAGGGCAUAGCUGUCAACUUGUACAUUUGCCAAAAUUAUGGAAUUCAAUUGAAAAUUAAGUUAAUGAAGACAGUGUAAAUAGCUCUAGAAAUAAAAAUAAAAUAACAAAAAUCUGA